CCAACACCAUCACCGUGACGGGAGUCCACCUACCAUAUUCAAAGCCCACUAGAACACUUUGAUCCUAUCAUCAUUCUCCCGCUGGUAAUUGCCUAGGCAGAGCAGUCAAGGGAGCCAGGGCGAGAAGACGAUGCGGCCAUUCAGCCGUCUCGCUCCUCUCCUCCUCCUGCUCGUCCUCGUCUCGCCUUCGUCCCCGCAGCCGCAGGAGCUCCACGAAGAAGCGGGCGGCCUCCAAGAGAGCUUCCUGCGUUGUGUGUCCCGCCUAUCGCCGGACACCGCCGACCCGUCCGAGCUCGUCCACGCGCCGGCGGACGCCUCCUACCCGCCCCUUCUCGCCUCCACCAUCCAGAACCUCCGCUUCGCUUCGCCUCAGACGCCGGGGCCGUCGCUGCUCCUCACGCCUAGGACCGUCACCGAGGUGCAGGCGUCCGUGGCCUGCUGCAAAGCCCACGGCCUCACCGUCCGCGCCCGCAGCGGAGGCCAUGACUACGAAGGCCUAUCCUACCGCGCUACCCGUCCCAGCGGCGGCCGCCCGUUCGGCGUCAUCGACGUCGCCGCGCUCCGGACAGUGCGGGUCGAUGCGGCGCGCCGCGUGGCGCGCGCCCAGCCCGGGGCCACCCUUGGGGAGCUCUACUACGCGGUCGCGGAGGGGAGCGGUGGUGCGCUGGGGUUCCCCGCCGGGAUCUGCCCCACGGUCUGCGUCGGUGGGCACCUCAGCGGCGGCGGAUUCGGGCCGAUGAUGCGCAAAUACGGCCUCGCCGCCGACAACGUCGUAGACGCCGAGGUGGUGGACGCGGGAGGGAAGCUCCUGAACCGGUCAGCCAUGGGGGAGGACCUCUUCUGGGCGAUCAGGGGCGGCGGCGGAGGAAGCUUCGGCAUCGUCGUUUCUUGGACCGUGAGUCUGGUCCCCGUCCCGAGCGUCGUAUCCGCCUUCACCGUCCGUCGGCUACUCCGGCGUGGUGACGAGGACGAAGAAGCAAUGCUCCUUCUCCUGACCAAAUGGCAGCUCGUGGCACACGCCCUCCCGGACGAUCUCUUUGUCAAGGUGGCCAUGGAGCCCAAGGUCGAUGACGGCGGCAAGAGACGGCCAUUGGUGGUGUUCAAGUCACUGUUUCUUGGCAACUACAGUGGGAUGAUUACCCAAAUGGGCAUCCAUUUGCCUGAACUAGACAUUAAGCCAAGCGAUUGCAGAGAGAUGAAUUGGAUUCAGUCGAUGCUCUACUUCUACGGCUACACCAAUGGCCAACCGGCAGAAGUGUUUCUGGACAGAACACUCCAACCCAAAGAGUACUACAAGAUCAAGCUAGACUACCUCACAUCGCCAAUUCCGGCAACCGGUCUAAGCAUGUUAUUCACCAAGAUCGUCGAAGAGCAGGGCGGCUCCAUCGACAUCGACCCCCAGGGCGGCAGGAUGAGCGAGAUACCAGAAUCCGACACGCCGUAUGCGCACCGCAGAGGGUACCUCUACAAUUUCCAGUACUAUGUCAAGUGGGGAGGUGACAAGAAUGUGUCAUAUGAGGAGAAGCAUUUGGGUUGGGUCAGGGGGGUGCAUGAGCUCAUGACACCCUAUGUGAGCAAUAGGCCUAGAGCUGCAUACAUUAACUUCAGGGACCUGGACUUGGGGCAGAAUGUGGAGGGCAAUACAAGCUACGAAGAGGCCAAGGUGUGGGGGAGAAAGUACUUCAGGGGAAACUUCAGGAGGCUGGCAAUGGUGAAGGCAGAGGUUGAUCCUGACCAGGUGUUCUGGAGUGAGCAGAGCAUCCCUCCUCUGGUUGUGGCCAGGAGGAAGAGGAAGGGACAGAGGCAUGCUGGAUUGGUUUUAGAUAUUUGAUAGUUCAGGCGCAGGAAUAAAAGAAACUAGAUGAUAUUCCGCACGGUGUUGCAGAAAUGUUUUGCAAUAUAUUUUAAUGAUAUUUGGUUGUAUGGAACAUGAAUAUUUGGAGUGAUAAUAGGAGAACCAAAGCUGAAAAUGCA